AUGGCAGACUCGACAGCCCAUACAUACAACCCCUUCGUCAAGCGUUCGUCGUAUCAGCGCAGCUCUAUCUGGGCUUACCAGGCUGCCAGCACGAUCUCCUGGCUGCUCGUCGUGGCCGUUGGCAUCUACUCGGGCACCCAUCGCAAGCACCAAGGCACGCCAGAGAAGGAACAUGGCGAUGCCCUCCUUGCCCUCGCUCACGACGACCGCCUCAAUGCCUUCUCUCAGACCAAGGUAGUCACCGGUAUCUACUGGGUCAUUCUGCUCAUUUCCCAGCUUGGUUAUGUCGGUCAGCUGUGGAGCUCAGACGAACAGCACCUUACCACGGCUGCCAACGUGGCACCGUACUUUGUGCUCAACAACCUCUUCGUGCUGGCCUUUAUCUUGCUCUUCACCCAUGCCAAGUUCUGGUGGGCUGAGGUCUUUGAUAUCUUCAGCUUGAUCAAUCAGGCCACUCUCUACUGGAGCUUCUCAGACCUUCACCCAUUCAUCCACUUGCCAGUCGUGGCUGGACCGUAUGCCUGGUCUCUGCUUACCCUCUUCUGGAACGGUGCCGUUGCUGUUGGCAGCAACAGCACCCCCUUGAGGUUGGUGGCCAACGUCUUUAUCUGGGUGUACUUUAUCUAUGGGCAGGCUCACAUCGUUCUCCGUAACGAUCAAUACCUUGGAUACGCUCUAACCUUGUUGACCUUCUCCCUCUCGCUCAAACAAUUGGCUAUCAAGAUCAUCUCUCUGCAGUGGAUCUUUGCCUUCACCAUCUUCGGUAUCUUCGCUGUUUCUUCCCUCUACAGCACGAUCACCAACGUCCUCGGCCUCAACUUCUUCCUCAUUCCCCGCGAGGAGCCAGAGCAAGGUGACCGUGAGCGUGAACCCCUCCUCACCAACGAGUAA